GACUGUAAGCCACGAAGCACUGUUGUCAUCAGCUGAUGGGUACCGGGCUGACGUAGACGAAAGCGACGAACUCGACGGCUCAAGAACGCGUUGUGUUUGCUGACCACUCGCCGCUGUGGGAUUAGGGACCAAGGAGUUGAAUAUUGUAAAUUUGAAUAUGCCGGCUCCAGCGAGUGCCACCUCCGUGGGCGGCGGCGGACGGUCGCCCAGCAAGGGCAUGGCGCGCCCGGCCGGCGGCGGCGGCGGCACCGUGCGGCAGCGCAAGCCGGCCUCGGGCGGCAGCGUCACCGCCAAGCGCAACACGGGCGCCGGCAGCGGCGGCAUGUGGCGCUUCUACACGGACGACUCGCCCGGCAUCAAAGUCGGACCGGUGCCGGUGCUGGUCAUGAGCCUUCUCUUCAUCGCAUCCGUCUUCAUGCUGCACAUCUGGGGCAAAUACACGCGCGGCUGAGGUGCCGCUCCAUCGAUACGCGGACAUUGACAUACGGAACACAGAGAAAGGGAGAAGCGACGCCGCGCCAUCUCUCUAUUUAUUGUCGGGCACCGGCGGCGACGCUGUGCAUUCCGCUGCGCCGCUCUUUUUACUACCCGAGUGUUGUUGAUGUACCUGUUUUGUGACAUGUCGGGUCGACAGGCGGCUCAUCAGUUGUGUAAUAAAGGGUCCAUGGGGGUCCGUGGAGAUCUGU